GGAACCCGGGCUGUCUUGGGCCCCGCAGGGCGGGUGUCGACUAUCAAAAGGAAAUAGGAUCAUGGCAGCAGAUGAUGACAAUGGUGAUGGAACAAGUCUUUUUGAUGUCUUUUCUGCUUCCCCUCUUAAAAAUAGUGAUGAAAGCUCAUUGGACAUCUAUGCUGGGUUGGACAGUGCUGUUUCUGAUUGUUCUUCCAAAUCCUGUGUACCAUCAAGAAAUUGUUUAGAUUUAUAUGAAGAGAUCCUGACCGAAGAAGGAACUGCAAAGGAGGCAACAUAUAAUGAUUUGCAAGUAGAAUAUGGAAAAUGUCAGUUGCAAAUGAAAGAGCUGAUGAAAAAGUUUAAGGAAAUACAGACACAGAAUUUCAGCUUAAAAAAUGAAAACCAGUCUCUUAAGAAGAAUAUUUCAGCACUUAUCAAAACUGCCAGAGUGGAAAUAAACCGCAAGGAUGAAGAAAUAAAUAAUCUUCACCAAAGAUUGUCCGAGUUUCCACAUUUUCGAAAUAACCAUAAAACUGUAAGGACAUCAGAUACAGUUAAAACAAAAGAUCUUAAGUCUAGAUCUCCUCAUUUGGAUGAUUGUUCAAAGACUGAUCACAGAGUUAAAAGUGAUGUUUCUAAAGAUGUACAUCACAGCACUUCACUGCCAAACCAGGAAAAGGAAGGAAAAUCACAUUCUGAAAAAAAGAGCACUUCACAUGUGUCUACAUCUCUUGAGAAACACUGCACCAAUGGCGUUUGGUCACAUUCCCAUUAUCAGGUUGGUGAGGGUAGCCCAAAUGAGGAAAAUAGAAGAGGGAGAAAAGAUAUUAGACAUAGCCAGUAUAGCAGAGGAACUGACAGAGUACGAAAAGACUUAAGUACUUGUUGUAGUGAUGGUGAACCAAGGAACACCGAGGCUUGUCAAAGGCUGCAAGGACAUCCUGAGAAAUAUGGUAAAGGUGAACCAAAGACUGAAAGCAAAAAUUCAAAGUUUAAAAGUAACACAGAUUCUGAUUACAAAGGUGAACGCUCUUCUUGGGAGAAAGAGACCUCUAGAGACAGGACACACACUCGAAUAGAAUCUCAAAGUGACAAAAACCUAGAAAGACAAAGUGAAAGAUCACAAAUUAUAAAUAGAAAAGAACUUAAAUCACAAGAUAAAGACGAAAGAAAAAUUGAUCAAAAACCUAAGUCAGUAGUAAAGGACCAGGAUUAUUGGAGAAGAAUUGAACGAGCAUCACUUCCUCAUUUUAAGAAUGAAAUAACAAAAUCUUCUCAUAAUUCAAGUAAAUACUAUCUUGAAGAGAGAAGAGGAAGGGAAGAUUGUAAAAGAGAUCGAAGUAUAAACAAUCAUAGUUUUCAAGAUGGAAGAUGUUCAUCUUCUCUUUCAAGCAGUAGAAGUCACAAACACAUUGAGUCCAAGGAAGUUGAUGCUAUGCAUCAAUGGGAAAAUACAACUUUAAAAGCAGAAAGGCAUAGAACUGAAGAUAAGAGGAAGAGAGAACGAGAAAGCAAAGAAGAAAAUAGGCACAUUAGGAAUGAAAAAAGAACACCUGCAGAACAUUUGCAGAAGACUAAUAAAGAAACUAAGAAAUCCACUACUGAUUUAAAAAGACAGAAUGAGCCAAAAACUGAUAAAAGUGAAGUCUCCAAUAAUGAAAUUUCUGAAGGAACAGAUAAUAAAGGACUUGUGAUGAAAGCUGACAGCGGACCAAAUGAAACAAAAAACAAAGACUUAAAGUUGAGUUUUAUGGAAAAAUUGAACUUAACUCUUUCUCCUGCUAAAAAGCAGCCUGUUUCUCAAAAUAAUAGGCAUAAAAUAACAGAUACUUCCAAGUUUAGUGGUAUAUGUGAUUUGGAGUCUGCAGUGCAGAUUAAAACAGUGACAUGUGUUCCCUCCAUCAGUGAACAUAUGGGGGAAAACAAAUCAAAGUUACUGGAACCAAAGAUUGAUCUUGCAGUGGUAUCUGAACCCAGGGUCAAUAUCCCAGAAAGCAAAAUGAAAGAAGAAAAUAGUUUGUUAGGUAAAUCUGUUGAGAAUAGUAUGCAUUGUGAAGUGCCCAUUUGUGGUACAGAAACUUCCUUCUCAACACCUGUGGAAAUAGAACAAACAGAAUCCUUGUUUUCGUCAUCAACAGAAACAAAACAAAUCAUUAAUAGUGCAAGGGCAGCCGCUCCUAUGGUAAUGGAUAUAUUACCAGAUGUUUCUCAAAACUUUGGGUUGGAAUUGGAUACUGAAAAACGUGAUUUAAAUUCUUGUGGUAUUUCUGAUGGUAUGGAAAUGAAGGUGACCCUUUCAACAAAAGUGGCUGAAACCAGUGAAAGUAUCUUGCAGCCUUCAAUUGAAGAAGCUGACAUUUUGCCAAUAAUCCUUUCAGAAGAUGAUAACCCAAAAUUUGAGCCUUCUCUUAUAGAUACACCACUGGUUGAGAGUAAGUCUUGUCAUGUGGAACCUUGCUUACCUAAAGAGACUCUAGAAUCUUCCCUUCAGCAGACUGAGUUAAUGGACCACAGAGUGGAAAUUGCUGAAACAAACUCAGUGUAUCAUGAUGAUGAUAACUCAGUUUUGAGCAUUGACUUUAAUAACCUGAGACCUAUUCCAGAAGCUAUCAGUCCUUUGAAUAGUCCAGUGAGACCUGUAGCAAAAGUUCUUAGAAUGGAAAGCCCAUCUCAAGUUCCAUUAUAUAAUAACAGUCAUAAAGAUGUGUUUUCACCAAAUUCAGCUCAUUCUACCUCCAAGAGUCAGUCUAAUCUCAAUAAGGAAAAUCAAAAGCCAAUUUGCAAAUCUGACAAAUGUACAGAAGGAGAUGCCUGUAAAAAUUCAUCUUUAGAUGAAUUAGAAGAAGGAGAAAUUAUAAGUGAUAGUGAACAAUCUGAACCAGAAAAAAGUUUUGUAAAAAAUGCCAAGCCUAGAGCUUCUGCUGAAAUGCAGAACUCAAAAACUAUCCCAGAAAGUAGGAAAAGUACUAUGCAUUUGGAUAAAGACAAUACAAAAACAUCUGUAAAAAUCCAUCAGACUAAUAGCAAAUGGAAUAAAAGACCUAGUAAAUCUAGCAGAUCUUCAAAAACAGAGAAGAAAGAUAAAACAAUGAGCACCUCCAGCUUGGAAAAAAUAGUUCAAAUUAUUGCUGCACCCUCUUCUGUAAGAGAGAUUAUGCACAUGUUACGAAUGAUAAGAAAACAUGUAAGGAAAAAUUAUAUGAAAUUCAAGGUAAAAUUUUCAAUAAUUCAAUUCCAUAGAAUUAUUGAGUCAGCAAUUUUGAGUUUUACAUCACUAAUCAAACACCUCAACUUAUCGAAAAUCUCUAAAUCAGUGACUAUUUUACAGAAGAAUCUCUGUGAUGUUAUAGAAUCUAAACUUAAGCAAGUUAAAAAGAAUGGCAUAGUUGAUCGUUUAUUUGAACAGCAACUACCAGAUAUGAAAAAAAAAUUGUGGAAGUUUGUAGAUGAACAACUUGAUUAUUUGUUUGCAAAGCUUAAGAAAAUCUUAGUAAAGUUUUGUGAUUCCAUAUACUUUGGAAGUGAUAGUGAUGAAGGAAAACUGGAAAAAAAAAGUAAAGAGAAAGGACAAUAUUCAAAUUGUCAGAAGCAGAAUGUGGACAAUUGCAACAAAGAAAUGCUGAAGGAAAAAUCACCAAAAUCAGAAGACUCUAUUCAUUAUAAGUCUCCACUGGGAUAUAAAAAAUCUGAGGAAAAACAUCAAGACGAAAGUAACUUCAGUAUUAACGCAAUAAAGCAUGACAUUAAAAAAACUUUCAAUGCCUGCUUUGAUAUUAUAAAAAACUGUCAAUCCGAAGGGCACACCUUGGAACUACACUGUCCAAGCACCCCAAAGCCAGGAAAAAAUGAAGGAAGCAGCAUAGAGGAUGCACCGACAUCCCAGCAUGCAGCUUUGAAGCCAGAACGUAGUUUUGAAAUUCUUACUGAACAGCAAGCAUCUAGCCUUACUUUUAAUUUAGUGAGUGAUGCACAGAUGGGUGAAAUAUUUAAAAGUUUGUUGCAAGGUUCUGAUCUUUUAGACAGCAGUGUUAAUUGUACUGAUAAAAGUGAGUGGGAGUUAAAGACACCAGAGAAACAGCUGCUAGAGAGUCUUAAGUGUGAAUCUAUACCAGCUUGUGCAACAGAAGAGCUAGUUUCAGGAGUGGCUUCUCCAUGUCCUAAAAUGAUAAGUGAUGAUAAUUGGUCAUUAUUAUCAUCUGAAAAAGGUCCAUCUUUGUCUUCAGGGCUUUCAUUGCCAGUUCAUCCUGAUGUGUUAGAUGAAAGUUGCAUGUUUGAAGUGUCUACUAACAUAGCUUUAAGUAAAGAUAAUGUGUGUAGUUCAGAAAAGAGCAAGCCCUGCAUUUCUUCCAUACUUCUUGAAGAUCUGGCAGUCUCUUUAACAGUACCGUCACCUCUGAAGUCAGAUGGUCACCUCAGUUUCUUAAAGCCUGAAGUUUUGUCCAGUUCAACUCCUGAAGAAGUUAUUAGUGCCCAUUUUAGUGAAGAUGCCUUACUUGAGGAAGAGGAUGCAUCUGAGCAAGAUAUUCAUUUAGCUCUGGAGUCCGAUAAUUCAAGCAGUAAAUCAAGUUGUUCUUCAUCGUGGACCAGCCGGUCUGUUGCUCCAGGCUUUCAGUACCACCCUAAUCUACCCAUGCAUGCUGUUAUAAUGGAAAAGUCCAACGAUCAUUUCGUUGUGAAAAUACGGCGUGCAACACCAUCUACCUCUCCUGGUCUUAAACAGAGCAUGUCUGAUGAGUCAUUGGCAUCUUUGCCCAGAGUUGGAAAGGAAGCUGAUGAAGCAGCAGAGAAAGAAUACAUUUCAUGUCAGAACACAGUUUUUAAAUCUGUGGAGGAAUUGCAAAAUUCCAACAAAAAUGUUGAUAGCAGUAAAUCAACUCAUGAAGAACAGAACUCCAUGAUACAAACACAGGUUCCUGAUAUAUAUGAAUUUCUUAAAGAUGCGUCAGGUAAAGUGGGUCAUAGUGAUGAAGUGGCUAAUGAAUGUUUCAAGUUACAUCAAGUAUGGGAACCAAAAGUGCCUGAAAGCAUUGAAGAAUUGCCUUCAGUGGAAGAAAUUCCACAUUCUGUUGAGGAUCAUCUUCCAAACACAUACAUAGACCUAACAAAAGAUCCUGUCGCUGAGACCAAAAACUUGGGGAAAUUCAUAGAAGUAACAGUUUUAAAUAUUGAUCAGUUGGGAUGUUCUGGAGGCAAUUUAGAUCAAAAUGCUCAAAUAUUGGACAGUUCUUUGCAGCCCGAUACUACUGUAGAUGCUUUUAUUGAUUUGACACAAGAUGCUUCAAGUGAGAGUAAAAGUGAAAGUAAUCAUCCUGCAUUGGCUGUUGAAGGGUUAGGGUGUCAAGUGGUAUGUGUAGUUGAAGAUAACUGUGUGGAAGAAAAGGUGCAAAUGGCAAACAGACCUUUGGAAUGCAUUGUUGAGGAAACCUAUAUCGAUUUGACCACAGAAUCUUCUGGUUCAUGUGAAGUAAAAAAGGAUAAUUUAAAAUCAGAGCCAGCAUCAAAUUGUGAUAGUUCAGAGCCACCUGGAACUUUGGAUAAUGCUCACAAAAAGAGAAAAAACCUUUCUGAUCCAAAUCAUGCUUCUCAGAAAAAACAAAGAAAGGAAACAGACUUAACUAGUAGGGAAAAGACCAAGAAACUUACCCAAGAUUCUGGUGAGAAUGGUGAAGCUCACCAAAAGAAAGCCAAUAAGAAAAGGGGCCCUACAGUGAAUAAAGAUGCUUCAUCAUCAAAGGCAAACUCAGGGAUUAAGGAUUCAUCAGCAGCACUCACCACUUCUCCUACAAGUCUUUCUGCAAAGAAUGUUAUUAAAAAGAAGGGAGAAAUUAUAGUUUCAUGGACAAGAAAUGAUGAUCGGGAAAUUUUAUUGGAAUGUCAGAAAAGAGGGCCAUCUUUCAAAACAUUUACAUAUUUAGCUGCCAAGUUGAAUAAAAAUCCAAAUCAGGUCUCAGAAAGAUUCCAGCAGCUAAUGAAGCUCUUUGAAAAGUCAAAAUGCAGGUAG